AUGAAACUACUUUGGUGUCUUCUAGUGCUCUGCUGCUGCUCUUCUUUGGCCGACGGGACCGGCAUGACACUGGAGAGGAGAAAACUCGUAGAAGUCUUGGAGCAACUCAACGAAGUCCAAGAAUCCCUGCAGCACAGACAGCUGCUGGUGAACACGCCGCCACAGAACAUCGAGGACUGCUGCUGUCUGUCUGCGCUACGAUGCUUCCGAGCCAACUUGCAGGUGCAAUUCAACGUGACGGAAAGAAAAGAGGAGAAGUUCUACAGGAGCCUCAAGCAUCCCAUCACUGAGCGAGGCCUGGACUUCUGUAGGUCGGGAAAUGCUAUGCCAGACUGCAAAACCUGUGAUUCACAUCCCAAGGAAAACGCUCGGGAAUUUGUCAACAGGCUGAAGUCUCUUAUUCAGAGGGCCAUCAGCAGACUGAGCCUGAACUGAGCAGAGAGAAAAAGUUCCAAGAAAAACCCAAGAAGACACUAUGCUGAGGCGCCGCCAAGCAUUCUAAUUUAUUUAUUUAUUUAUGGUUUCUGAGGAACAGCUGCAAAAGUUUAACAUUUAAA